AUGAAGUUCUUCACCAGUGUCGUCUUCCUGGCUACAACGGCCAUCGCUAGCCCUAUCCCACGGAUCUUUAACCUGGUCAGCUCAAAUGACUCCGAUGAACACCACAACGGUCUCUACCUAUCAACGCAACACAUCGACCCACUGAACAGCAGGGCUGUCUUUCGCGAUGCCGCCGACGCUGCCGAGUUCUACUUCCUUGACGGGACCGUGCGCUACAAUGCACCGAAUGGAGCUCCCUACGCGUUGGCUCUCGUCUCAGGCGACGAAGUCCAGAGUGAGGUGGAGAUCAGUGUGAGCCCUUCAUCCGGUGGCACGGGCUUCAGUUUUACCAGCGAUAAUGCUCUGGUUAAUGAUAAUGACAAUUGGGGUGGGUGGUUAGUUUGCGACGGCACUGGCGACCUCCCUGGUCUGUAUUAUCACAACAACAGCAUUGGAGAUACCAUUCCGGAUGGCUGUGAUCCAGUUGGGCUUGAUGUUGUCUACAAGGCUUCCUCAUAG